AUGCAGAUUGUGAGCGAGAGUGAGAGAGCGUUUGGCAGGAGACGCAGGGAAGGCCAAGGAAGGUGGGAGGAGCUUAGUGGAUGCCCAGUUCUGUUAGGUGUAACUACUGCUGACAAACGUCCACCCACAAGUUACGGAGCACCAAAUGGAGGUUUCGGUAAUGGGUUUGGUAAUGGAAAUGGAGCCCCUACAAGCAAUGGAUUUGGACGCUCCUCAGGCAAUGGGUUUGCAGGUGCUCCAAGCAAUGGAUAUGGAGCUCCCCCAAGUAACAGGUAUGGUCCCCCAACAGGUUCUUAUGGACUAGAUCCGGAGCUGGUGGCUCUGCAGGAGAACAUCCCAGGAGGUGGCGUCCCCGGUGAAGACUACCCAGUCCUGUCUUCUCCACCAGACACUGGCUUCUCUUGUGAUGACCAGGCAGUGGCUGGUUAUUACGCUGACACUGCCCCUGAUGCUAGCUGCCAGGUGUUCCACAUUUGCCAGGACCGUGCCCUCAGACGCCAGAAGGACUCAUUCCUGUGCCCCAACGGUACCAUUUUCAACCAGCAGUACCUGGUGUGUGACUGGUGGUUCAACGUGGACUGUUCUCAGGCUGAAAACUUCUACUCUGUCAACGAACAGAUUGGUGUCGUCCCCAGUGCAGGCUAUGGUUAUGGUCCCAUUGCUAACGGUAUUGCCAAUGGAAUUGUUAAUGGGAAUGGUAAUGGCUACACUAAUGGCAAUGGAUUAAACGGAAAUGGCAGGAAUGGUAAUGGUAGGAAUGGAAACAAUGGUUAUGGAUCUAAUGGAAAUGGAUUAAAUGGAAAUGGUGGGAAUGGAAGCAAUGGUUAUGGAUCUAAUGGAAAUGGAUUAAACGGAAAUGGCAGGAAUGGUAAUGGUAGGAGGAAUGGAAACGGAGGUGGUAAUGGUGCCAAUGGUAAUGGAAGAAAUGGAAACAAUGGGUAUGGAUCCAAUGGGAAUGGAAGGAAUGGAAAUGGUGCUGGUAUCUUUGCCAAUGGUAAUGGUGGUAAUGGGAAUGGUGCCAGCAAUGGAUAUACCGCACCAGCUUCUCCCUCCAAUUCCUAUGUUCUGUUAGGUGUAACUACUGCUGACAAACGUCCACCAACAAGCUACAGAGCACCAAAUGGAGGUUUCGGUAAUGGGGCUCCAAGCAAUGGAUAUGGAGCUCCCCCAAGUAACAGGUAUGGUCCCCCAACAGGUUCUUAUGGACUAGAUCCGGAGUUGGUGGCUCUGCAGGAGAACAUCCCAGGAGGCGGCGUCCCUGGUGAAGACUACCCAGUCUUGUCUUCUCCACCAGACACUGGCUUCUCUUGUGAUGACCAGGCAGUGGCUGGUUAUUACGCGGACACUGCCCCUGAUGCUAGCUGCCAGGUGUUCCACAUUUGCCAGGACCGUGCCCUCAGACGCCAGAAGGACUCAUUCCUGUGCCCCAACGGUACCAUUUUCAACCAGCAGUACCUUGUGUGUGACUGGUGGUUCAACGUGGACUGUUCUCAGGCUGAGAACUUCUACUCUGUCAACGAACAGAUUGGUGUGGUCCCCAGUGCUGGCUAUGGUUAUGGUCCAAUUGCUAACGGUAUUGCCAAUGGAAUUGUUAACGGGAAUGGUAAUGGCUACACUAAUGGCAAUAGAUUAAACGGAAAUGGGAGGAAUGGUAAUGGUAGGAAUGGAAGCAAUGGUUAUGGAUCUAAUGGAAAUGGAUUAAACGGAAAUGGUGGGAAUGGAAGCAAUGGUUAUGGAUCUAAUGGAAAUGGAUUAAACGGAAAUGGUGGGAAUGGAAGCAAUGGUUAUGGAUCUAAUGGAAAUGGAUUAAACGGAAAUGGCAGGAAUGGUAAUGGUAGAAAUGGAAGCAAUGGUUAUGGAUCCAAUGGAAAUGGACGGAAUGGAAACGGAGGUGGUAAUGGUGCCAAUGGUAAUGGAAGAAAUGGAAACAAUGGUUAUGGAUCCAAUGGAAAUGGAAGGAACGGAAAUGGUGCUGGUAUCUUUGCCAAUGGUAAUGGUGGUAAUGGGAAUGGUGCCAGCAAUGGAUAUACUGCACCAGCUUCUCCCUCCAAUUCCUAUGGCACUCCAUUUUAA